GUCGGUAGUGUUUCAUGUAAACAAUGACAUUUUAAAAUAAUAGUAUUGCAUUUUAAAUAAAGCUGGAGUGUGCCUGCAUUAGGGAUACUAUACACCAGUGAAGAUGUCCCUAAACCGGAGUAUAUAUCUAUUUUCACGGGUCCAACACCGACUUAGCUCCCUGGCUCCCCGGGGUACCGGUGCUUUGCCUGACAGCCGCGUCUGUCCUGCAUUCGGAGCUGCUGCGGCUCUAAAACACGGUUCACACUCGUCGACGAGCUCUUGCAGACAUGUUUCGUCCAAUAGUUCGUCCCCCGGAACCCCCGACACCUCGCUUUUUGUGCCUCUGACUCUGAAGUUUGAUGGCUCGGUGGAUGGGAGCGUGGGAGUUGAGUUGACACAAACGCUGGAUAAAAAUGAGCUCCUGAAACUUUUAAACCGUUUCUACAAGAGGAAGGAGAUACAGAAGCUGGCGGCAGACCAGGGCCUGGAUGCUCGUCUGUUCCACCAGGCCUUCAUCAGUUUCAGGAAAUAUGUUCUGGAGUUGACAUCUCUCAGUGCUGAUCUACACAUCAUCCUCAAUGACAUCUGUUGUGGGGCAGGUCAUAUAGAUGACAUCUACCCAUACUUUAUGCGUCACGCCAAGCAGAUCUUCCCCAUGCUUGACUGUAUGGAUGACCUCAGAAAGAUCUCAGACCUCAGAGUCCCUGCUAACUGGUACCCGGAGGCUCGUGCCAUCCAACGGAAGGUGAUUUUCCAUGCUGGUCCCACCAACAGUGGUAAAACUUAUCAUGCUAUCCAACGCUACCUAGCUGCGAAGUCUGGGGUCUACUGUGGGCCGUUGAAGCUAUUGGCCCAUGAGAUCUUUGAGAAGAGCAACACGGCUGGUGUGCCAUGUGACUUGGUAACAGGAGAAGAGAGGAUGUUUAUGGACCUAGAAGGCCGAGCAUCUGGUCAUGUAGCCUGUACCAUUGAGAUGUGUAGCGUCACCACACCAUAUGAGGUGGCUGUAAUCGAUGAGAUUCAGAUGAUCAGAGAUUCUUCCAGAGGCUGGGCCUGGACCAGAGCACUGCUGGGUCUCUGUGCAGAAGAAAUCCAUGUGUGUGGUGAGCCUGCUGCCAUCAACUUUGUCAGAGAGCUGAUGUACACUACAGGAGAGGAAGUUGAGGUCCAUACUUACCAGCGUUUAACUCCAUUCUCAGUGCUGGACAGUGCUGUGGAGUCACUUGACAAUCUGAGACCGGGAGACUGUAUUGUCUGCUUCAGUAAAAAUGACAUCUACUCCAUUAGCAGACAGAUAGAGGCCAGAGGACUAGAAUGUGCUGUGAUCUAUGGGAGCCUCCCACCAGGAACCAAGCUGUCUCAGGCCAAGAAGUUUAAUGACCCUGAUGACCCAUGUAAGAUUCUGGUCGCCACAGAUGCCAUUGGUAUGGGCCUCAACCUGAGUAUAAAACGUAUCAUCUUUAACAGUCUGGUUAAGCCCAAUGUCAAUGAGAAAGGGGAGAAGCAGAUGGACACCAUUAGUACAUCACAGGCACUGCAGAUAGCCGGCCGCGCAGGGAGGUUCUCCUCAAAGUUUAAAGAAGGAGAAGUGACCACUAUGUACAGAGAUGAUCUGCCCGUCCUCAAAGAGAUACUCAGCCACACUGUGGAGCCCAUAGAGACUGCCGGUCUCCAUCCUACUGCAGAACAGAUAGAGAUGUUUGCCUAUCAUCUACCUGAUGCCACGCUGUCCAACCUUAUCGACAUAUUUGUCAGCCUUUCCCAGGUGGACGGCAUGUAUUUCGUCUGUAACGUUGACGACUUUAAGUUUCUGGCUGAUAUGAUUCAGCAUAUCCCACUCAACCUGAGGUCGCGUUAUGUGUUCUGUACAGCUCCCAUCAACAAGAAACAACCCUUUGUGUGCACAUCUUUUUUAAAGUUUGCCCGUCAGUUCAGUCGAGAUGAGCCCUUGACAUUUAACUGGGUCUGUCGCCUUGUCAGCUGGCCCCUCACUCCACCCAAAAACAUAAAAGACUUGGUCCACUUGGAAGCAGUUCAUGAUGUACUGGACCUGUAUCUGUGGUUAAGCUUCCGUUUCAUGGACAUGUUCCCAGACACCACCUUGGUUCGGGAGAUCCAACAGGAACUCGACGACAUCAUCCAGGAUGGCGUUAGAAAUAUCACACGCCUUAUCAGAGCCGCUGACCCACUUCAGGCACAGAGCAGCAAAAGUAGCAUAGCGCCACCAAGUGGAAGCACUAGCAGUAGAGGCCAAAGAAGUGGUGGAGAUGCAAGGAAGGUGAUGGACAGUUCUCUUUCCAGUCGUCUGGUACGGGAUGGGCUGUUAACCCCUGAUUUGCUCAGACAGCUGCAAAGGGAGUGGUCUAAACAGAGUCAGACCCCAGAAGAAGAGGUUACUGAUCAGGGGAAAUUAGGAACAGGAAGUCUAAAUAAUAACAAAGGGAAAAAGAAAAAGAAGAAAUGAAUGAGAAAAUAAUUAUUAUAAUUGUUGCAUGUGAUUGAUGGAGAUCCCAAGGAGAUCAGCAACUAGUUUCUGUACUUGGAUGGAUGGAAACAUCAUAAAUUCCAGCUCUUAUUUGCCAUCAACACCAAAUUGUUUAUGAAAAAUUGCAAUAGUUGCUUUAUCAUCGGGUUCAUGACAACUGCUGGACACUUUCUUAGCAUUUAAUUGAUCAAGCAAACUUUCAAGUCAAACUAAAAAAAAUACCAAUAAGAGCAUGGGUUUUCAUGUUAGAGCAGUGAAUUGUUAUGGUCAUAUGACCUGGACUGAGAAUAACACCAGGUUAUUGCAUCAUCUCAAGACUCACGCGAUGAAUAUUGUGGCUGGUGGAUUUUUUUUAUUACAUUUACUGUGGAUACUGAAAAAAAAGAGACUCCAGUUGAGGUAGGUUUCCCCACUGUUGAAAAUUCUUAUUGGCAACCAUUAAUAUUUUGUGGCCAACAGUGAAAUUACUACUACUACUACUACUUCUACUUUCGGCUGCUCCUGUUAGGGGUUGCCACAGCAGAUCAUCCGUUUCCAUCUCUUCCUGUCCUCUGCAUCUUCCUCUGUCAUGCCAGCAACACCUGCAUGUCCUCUCUCACCACAUCCAUAAACCUCCUCUUUGGCCUUCUUCUUUUCCUCUUCCCUAGCAGCUCCUUAUUCAACAACAUAUACAACAGUGAAAUUAAGAUAAAUGAUAAAUUAAGAUAAAUGACAAAAAUUUGUCCUCAUUCCUAAAUAUGGUAUAAAUGAUUUUCAACAAUAGGCACUGUGCAUAUACUUUGUCUGACAGGACUGUAUCCCUUGCCACUGGGUCUUUUUGAGAGAUGUGUAUGUGCUGAGCUGUCCAAAGGCAGUUACAGAAGCAUGUCCUCCCAAACAAGAAACAAAAUACAGGGGAAACACUGGCACCUACCAUAGAUUUAUUAUAUGCAGGGCUUAUAUUUACUUUGGUCACUUUGAAUUUGCAAAAUAGACCGCUUUCAGAAAUCACAUGUUGGAGUAUUUUUGACAAAUCCCUCUGAUGAAGAAGUAUUUUUGAAAUUAGUAUUUUGUUUUUGCAUUUUGUUUGUGUAUUCCAAAUUCAGUGAAUUAAACCCAUUCCUACAAGUGUAAAUACGUUAUUCCAUCUUCUUACUUGUCGUUUGUUGUCUGUUGUACAUUUAGGAUAACCACAAGGUGAUUAUGAUUGA